AUGUACCUGAUGGUCCACAAUUCCACUCGUUUGCUUCGCCGUCUGAACCCCUACUGCGCCCAGGCACUGAGUGCGGCAGCCACCUUGUGCCAGAGCCGUGCCCAUGGACUGAUCAGCAUCGAGCACUGGCUGCUCAAAUUGCUGGAGCAGGGCGAAGGCGACCUGACCCUGAUUGCCCGUCGCUACGAAUGGGAUAUGGACGCACUCUGGCGCGGCCUGCUCGACCACCUCGACACCUUGCCGCGCAGCGUGCAGGGCAAGCCGCAGUUGUGCGGCAAGCUGCAGCACCUGAUCAAGAACGCCUGGUUGCAGGCAUCCCUUGAUGGCAACAACCACACCCUGCGCUCGGCUCAUCUGCUUGGCGCUCUGCUGGAGAUGCCCAGCCUGCUUGCCUGUGACGCUGCUUGGCCGCUGCUCAGUAUCAGCGAUACCCAGUUACAGCGUUUGUUCGAGUUGCUCGAUCAACAUUCAGAGGAGCGCCCGCAGGUACAGCAAGAAGCCGCGCUGGAUUGCACCGAAGUGCCCGUCUCAUCGGGCACCGACGGGUUGGAUGUCAUGCAAGUCAUCCUGGAUAAAUUCACCCACAACGUCACCGCCAAGGCCUGGGCGGGGCAGAUCGACCCGGUAUUCGGUCGGGACGAUGAAAUUCGCCAGGUCGUCGACAUUCUCAGUCGUCGACGCAAGAACAACCCGAUUCUGGUGGGGGAGCCUGGGGUGGGUAAAACCGCUCUGGUUGAAGGCCUUGCAUUGCGCAUCGUCGAGGGCAACGUGCCCGACAGCCUCAAGCGGGUCAGUGUACGCAUCCUUGACUUGGGCCUGUUGCAAGCCGGCGCCGGGGUAAAAGGCGAGUUUGAACAGCGCCUCAAAAACGUCAUCGAGGCCGUACAGCAAUCGCCCAACCCGGUGCUGCUGUUUAUCGAUGAAGCCCACACGCUGAUCGGCGCCGGGAACCAAGCCGGCGGGGCCGACGCGGCCAAUCUGCUCAAGCCCGCGUUGGCCCGCGGAGAGUUACGCACUAUCGCCGCCACCACUUGGAGUGAAUACAAACAGUAUUUCGAACGCGAUGCGGCGUUGGAGCGGCGCUUUCAGAUGGUCAAGGUUGAAGAACCGGAUGAUGGGAAUGCUUGCCUGAUGUUGCGCGGCCUCAAGGAGCGUUACGCCAAGCACCACGGCGUGCAUAUCCAGGAUGCAGCGGUGCAGGCGGCGGUCACGCUCUCGCGACGCUACCUGACCGGCCGCCAACUGCCGGAUAAAGCGGUCGACCUCCUCGACACCGCCAGCGCCCGAGUGCGCAUGAGCCUGGAUUGCAUGCCCCAGACGUUGGUCCGUCUGCGUGCUCGGCAAGGAGCCUUGGAGUUGGAGGCGCAGGCGUUGGAGCAGGAUCAGCAGUUUGGCGACGACGGUGCCGAUGAGCGCUUGACGACCAUCGCCGCACAACAUACCGAGUUGCAUCACCAAUGCAUCGAUUUGGAAGAUCAGUAUCAACACGAACUCGACCUGACCCAACAGUUGAUUGAAGCGCGCCAGGCGCAGCCGCUGCAACGGGAGACCUGUGCAGCACUGCAGAAACGGCUGGACGAGAUUCAGGGCAAUCAGCCCUUGCUGUCCCUCGACGUCGAUGCCCGUAGCGUCGCUGAAGUGAUCGCCGACUGGACCGGUGUGCCCUUGGGCAGUCUGCUCAAGGACGAACAAGCCAACCUGCUGGAACUGGAAUACCAACUGGGUGAACACGUCAUCGGCCAGGAAGCAGCACUCGGCGCUUUGGCCCAGCGCCUACGUGCAGCCAAGACCGGCCUGACAGACGAAAAAGCGCCGCUGGGCGUAUUUUUGCUGGUGGGCACCAGCGGCGUCGGCAAAACCGAAACCGCCCUGACGCUGGCCGACAAGCUAUUUGGCGGGGAAAAGUCGCUGAUCACCCUCAACCUCUCGGAAUACCAGGAAGCCCACACCGUCAGCCAGCUCAAGGGCUCGCCGCCGGGCUACGUCGGUUAUGGCCAGGGCGGUGUGCUCACCGAAGCCGUGCGCCAAAGGCCCUACAGCGUGGUGCUGCUCGACGAAGUAGAGAAGGCGCACCGCGACGUCCUCAACCUGUUCUACCAAGUCUUCGAUCGGGGCUGCAUGCGCGAUGGCGAAGGACGGGAAAUCGACUUUCGCAACACCGUCAUUCUCAUGACCUCCAACCUCGGCAGCGAUGAACUGCAAGCCUGCCUGCAAGAGUUUCCUGGCGCGCCGGACAGCACCUUGCACGAGUUGCUACGCCCGAUCCUGCGGGAACACUUUCAGCCGGCCUUGCUGGCCCGUUUCCAGACCCUGAUCUACCGCCCGCUGCCAGCCGACGCCUUACAGCGCAUCGUCGCGAUCAAACUCGCCAAGGUGGCCAAGCGUUUACAGCGUCACUACGGGCUGGAAUGCCAGAUCGAUGCCGCCCUCAACGACGCGUUGGUAGCCGCUUGCCUGUUGCCCGACACCGGCGCACGCAACAUCGACAGCCUGCUCAACCAGCAGAUCCUGCCGGUGCUCAGCCAGCAGUUGCUGCAACGCCAGGCCGCCCGACAGAAAACCCGCGGCGUGACCUUGGGCUACAGCGACGAGGAGGGCGUCAUCCUGCAUUUCAUUGACGCCCAAGACGCGGUAGCGCCCGAUGCGAUGGAGGCC